AUGUUGUGCCGGGAUGAGCCGAGCCGCGAGCGCCGCGCCGGCACAACCGUCAUCACGGCGCGGUACAGCCCAGCCCAGCCACCUCCUCGGGUCCGGCCAAACCAGUUCUGGAGGCCGCUCCCAGCUCCACCUCACCGUGCUGGCAUCCGUGCCGCGCCGGGGCCGGGGGCGAGGAGACGGAGACCGCCGUGGGAACGGCCCCCCGCCGCGCCGUGCCGCCCUCGCCCAUGGCUCCGCGCCCGCUGCCAGCACCCACACAUGCAGGGGACACGGGGACACGGCGGUGCUCCAGGGGACCCCGCGUGGCUCUGCCUGGCACGGCUCGGUGUGGAUGGGCACGGCCUGGCGUGGCGCGGCACACGCUGCCCAGGACAAGCAGAAGCAAGCAAAGCCCGGCGCAGCGGUGCGGCCGCCUGGCACGCGGCACACGGGGCAGCGGCACGUCCCGGUGCUAUACGUCCCUCCCGACAGCAGAGGGCGGUAACGCGGAGGGAACGGAGCAGACGAGAGGGCGGUGCAGAGCGGCCGGAAGCUCCGUGUCACGUGGCAGCACCCGGAAGCGGCGGCAGGAGUGCGGCCAUGAGCAGCGGCGGUGGCAACGGAGCGGCGGCCGCUGGGACCGAGACCGAGGCCGGUGACGGUUUUGUUUCCAGUUCCGGUUCGGAGCGGCGGGUCCACAUCAUGGUGGAGUACUGCGAACCCUGCGGCUUCGGGGCCACCUACGAGGAGCUGGCGAGCGCCGUGCGGGAGGAAUAUCCCGACAUCGAGAUCGAGUCCCGCCUGGGGGGCACCGGCGCCUUUGAGAUUGAGAUUAACGGGCAGCUGGUCUUCUCCAAGCUGGAGAACGGAGGCUUUCCCUACGAGAAGGACCUGAUCGAAGCGAUCCGCAGAGCCAGGAAUGGGGAACCGCUGGAGAAGAUCACCAACAGCCGCCCCCCCUGCGUCAUCCUGUAGCCCCGCGCCUGGUGGGGGUCUCCUGUCCCCUCAGCACCCCGUGCUUUGCUGCUCCCCGUUAAACUUCCUGCACCCAUGGGGACGUUGGAGGAAUGCGGGAGCAUAAGGAGGGGAGCUGCCAUGGUGCUGCUGUCACUGGUCCAGCUCUGCCCAUCUCCUGAGGCCGCGUCCACACCACACGUGGGCUGUAACCGUGGCACUUACCUGCCUGCUCCCCUCCUGCCCCUCCCUCCAGCAGCAGCACAGAGGGGCUCAUUCUCAGCCCCUGGGGGGUUUGGGGCACUCACAGCCCCGCUGCUUCCUGACCUGUGAGGCCAGUGAACGCCCAGCCCAACCUGACCGUCAGAGGGGACGCAGCGGCUUCAGAGCUCCCAAAGGUUUAUGCAGAGGAACGUAAACUUGAGUGCGGUUCGUUAAUGAUUACAGCUUCUCUGAUCACUGUUUAAACAGGUACGAGGGCAGCAGGGACCGGCUGGCCAUGGGAAGCCCUGCUUGGCUCUAUCCCCACAGCCCCGGGGUUCGUUUAACGGCCACGAGCUUCUCCUGCUGCCCUGUUCCCAGGCUCCUGGCUCUCACCCUCCCCACGUAAUGACUCUGCCCUUUGCCGCAGGGCAGCUGAGCCCAGGGCAGCGUGGCCGAGCCGAGGUGGCCGCCCCCUAUUUAUUAUGUACUGUCUGUAAGCCCCACGAUCCAGUGCUGAAUAAAGGAUGGAGGAAAACA